GAAGAGAAUUAAUGUCAAAAAUAAAAAUAAGAACAGAUUUUAAAAUUUUUAUUUUGCAAACUUAAUUUAUAUUAUUAAUUGGGCCAUUUUUUAUGAUUUUAAAGUUCGUCCAUCAUAAUUUACAAUUACAUAGUGGAUAUGAGCCCAUAAUUUACAAUCACAUAGUGGAUAUAAGCGCAUAAUUAUCAAUAAAAACCUUUUCCAAUGAUCCAAGUCCAUAUGUUAUUUUUCCAAGAAAAAAAUAAAAACGCUUUUCCCAUCUACCGACUUUUCUUAUCCCAUCAAAAGUUCUCUAUUCUUAUCUCUAUUCUUAUCUCUUUCCCCGCAGCCGACAAAAUUCUGACGCAUGCUUUCUCACAAUUGAUCUAAAUAAGUUAAUGUCUUCACUCUAAGAUUAUCAGAAGAUAGAUCUAUUGAUAACUUCAUCUUUUGGCAUAAAGGUUCGAGUUUCUUGAUUGAGGUUUGCUUGAGGUUUUAGGAUAAUUAGGUUCUUCUAAUCUACAUUCUUUGUUUUGAUUUUUCAGAGACCAGCUAAGGUAUGAAAUACCAAGAGCUUUCAAUCGGGGAUGAAUAUUUCUUAAAGCAUUUUGCAUAAUUGUAAAAAUAUAAUCUAUAACUGAAUAGUCAUUUAUGGAUAAAAUAUUUAAAAGAACUUAAAUAUAUAUACAAUAUAUUUGCAGAUUUUUAGUUGACGAUGCUAACUAAUUUUUCGUAAAAUUUUAAAUUUAGAAUCAUAAUCAGUUAUUUACGGAUAUAUAUGAAUUCAUCAAAAUUCCUUCUUCUAAAUCUAAACAAUUACCAAAAUAAAAUUCACUAAGGUAUAUACAUUGAAUAAAUAAUUGUUAACUGCUUUUGGUCUAACGUAAUAUUUCAUAUUGGUUAAGUGGAAAUAUUUUCUUGGCAGAUUAAUAUAGAAAUUACUGGCAUACUGGAAAUAUUUCUUGGCAUAAUGUAGAACGAAAUUAAUGGGUUAGCGAAAGUAUAAACCUAUUGUGUUUAGAUCAGUGGCAUUAGAUUGUAAUUAUUAAAGAAAAUUCAGAAUCAAGUUUUAUUUGUACUCAUGUUUUAAUGGAUUAGAUUAAGAGUAUCCAAUGUACUCUAGGUGGAACUUGAUGUAAAUCUGAAAUGUUCAAAAAAAAAUCUUUUAGAGAAUAUAAAUAGAAAAAUAUCUCAUUAAUACUUUUAGAGUCGCGUCCACAAAAGAAAAAAAAUCUGUAAUGAGAUUGUUUUCAUAAAUGGUCUUGUUUUAAGUUUUUUGACAAAACAAAAAGGACAUAAGGAAAAUUUCUAAACCAUAUAUGUCUUUUCCAGGGUUUCUAUAUAAAUAGCUUUUAAAUGGUUUAUAGAUUAUGCAUAUUUGAUUAUUCUUUCAUUUGGAUUUAAAAAUGGCUUCUGGUCGUGAUAGCAGCUCAAGUGAUGAACAAGAAACUUCUCUGUACACCAGUGAUGGGGAUAAGAGGAUUUACCAUCGCCACUCUAAUCAUCAAAUUCAAAAGCUUGAAGCGUAUUUCAAGGAGUGUCCUCAUCCAGACGAUUUGCAGCAACUUAAAUUGGGCGAAGAACUGAAACUUAAACAAAAACAAAUCAAAUUUUGGUUUCAAAACAAAAGAACCCAAGCCAAAGUUCAAAAUGAAAAAGCAGACAAUGCAUCACUUAGAACAGAGAAUAUGAAAAUACGACGUGAGAACGAAGCAAUGCAAGAGGCAUUGAACACUGUGACUUGCCCUCCAUGUGGUGGCCCUCAUCCUGAGCAAGUAGAUCGCAAGCUCUAUUUCCAAAACCUCAGUGCAAAUAACGCAUAUCUCAGAGAAGAGCGUGACAAACUCUCAAUUUUGGUAUACAAGACCGAAGGCCAUCCAAAACCUAUUGUCAAUGCUUUAGCCUAUCUCCAUGGUCCAUCAUUGCACGCAUCGACUUCCAACAACCCACAUGUCACAUAUGGAACCUCUUCCAACCAUCUCGUGGAGCCGCCAAGCUUGUUAAGAGAACUAUACCUUCGUGAACACAUCAGCUUCGCCCAACCGCCUCAGCCGCGACAACUGCAAUGUUCCCCGCCACUAUCUAAUAUGGAGAAAGUGAUGAUGACUGAAGCGAUGGUAGCUGCUGUGACGGAGGUUAUAACUCUGAUUCAAACUGAAGAACCAAUGUGGAUUAAGUCGUCAAUCGAUAGUAGGCUCGUAAUUGAUCAAGAGAACUAUGAGAAAAAGUUUACUAAAAAUAGCUAUUUUAAGACUCGUAUUGAGUCUUCCAAGGAAAUCGCGGUGAUUCCAUUGGAUGCCAAAAACUUGGUGAACAUGCUCUUAGAUACGGAGAAAUGGGCGAGUCUUUUCUCAACAAUUGUGAGCAAAGCUAAAACAAUUCGCGUGCUGGAAUCCUCGAAAUUGAUGUAUGAGCAACUGCACAUACUGUCGCCAUUGCUGCCACCAAGAGAGUUUAUGAUUCUAAGAUGUUGCCAACAACUGGAGGAAGGUCUCUGGGUGAUUGCUGACGUUUCUUACCAUCAAGUAGCCUUUGAGUUUGAGUUUGGGACUCCGGCUUGCUACAAACGUCCUUCCGGUUUUCUCAUCCAAGCCAUGCCCAAUGGUCACUCUAAGGUGACGUGGAUGGAGCACGUGGAAGUAAAUGAUAAAGUGCGGGCACAUCGGAUUUACAGAGACCUCUUAUGCGGCGGCUUUGGCUACGGAGCUCGCCGUUGGACCGCUACUCUUGAGAGAAUGUGUGAGAGGCUAUCUCUCUACUCUGUCUCUGACUUCCCGACGACUGACGACCCCGGAGUUGUGAAAACCAUAAAUGGAAGAAGGAGACUCAUGGAUUUAGGAGAAAGAAUGUUGAAGAAUUUUGCAUGGAUACUAAAUAUGCCUGAAAAAUCUGAUUUUUCGCAACAGUCUGCAACCAACAGCAGCGGAGUUAAUAUUUCGGUGCGUGUAAACAAAGAAGCCGGCCAACCGGUCGGUCUCAUUGUCUGCGCUUGUUCAUCUUUAUGUCUCCCUCUUGCUCCUCUCCAAGUCUACAACUUCCUUAAAAAUCUCGAGGUUCGCCACCAGUGGGACGUUCUCUGCCAUGCGAGUCCGGUUACUGAGGUCGCUCGCUUUGUCACUGGAGCAAACAAUAAGAACUGUGUGAAUAUUCUCCAGCCUUCAAGUGCAGCGGAGGGUGGUGACUUGAUGAUAAUACAAGACAGCUUCAUAGAUGCAUUAGGAGGUAUGGUGGUCUACGCUCCAGUGGACCUAAGCACUGCACACGCUGCCGUUUCAGGUAAUGUCAAUCCUUCUGACAUUCCAAUCCUCCCAUCCGGUUUCGUCAUCUCCCGUGACGGCCGUCCCUCCGCAACCGCUGAGCUAGACGGUGGCUGUGACAAUUGUAAGACGCUCCUGACGGUGGCUUUCCAGAUCCUUGUCACUGGUCCGACUAUCUAUGAAGAACUCCAAAUGGAUAAAUGGACCACCUCAGUCGAUACCUUGAUUAGCUCCACUAUUACAAAGGUUAAAGCCAUGCUUAACUGCCAUGAUGGACAGUGAGAGCUGUUUCACAGUUCUCAAACUAUUUGGUUCUGUUUCUUUUAUUUCAAAUAAUGCUUUGAGUGAGAAGACUAUUCUCCGAUAUGAUUCUCUAAUGAAUCAGACUCGUAUACUUUCAUUCUUUUGGUUGGUUUUCAAACUUAUAAUAAUUUCUAAGGGAAGGCCCUUAGAUAAACAAUGUUAUGUUUGUUGCCGGUUUGGCUUUGUUUGUUUAUGAUAUCUAUACUAUAUUAAAAGGGAUAUAUGAAGGCUUCUAAGAUGUGCCACGUCGGAUUAAAAAUUCAUCCAAUCAAAAGGUUAUAUUUUGACAUGUCACGCAGCUGUGUCCAUCUGACUCUUCAUUCUUCUUCACCAUCUCCGUUCUCUAGCAAUCACCGUUACUGCGAAACCCUCCUCAUCAAUCAAAGUUGCUAUUUAAUCUCUUCUUCAUGGUUUUGUUCCAUCUCCCGUUGAUUCUCCUACGAUAUAAGCCGCUUCAUCUAAACCCUGAAUCAAGCCCAAAUCGAAAACUAUCACUAACGAAGCUACAAUUACGACCACAUAAUCCACCGGUAAGUCUCCUGCCUCCGAAGUUUCGCUCGGACCAAAAUCCAUUUCUGGGAGGCCAAAAACAUUGCAAAAGGUGGGACCUUUAUUGGCUUAGAGCUGCUAGGAUCAAGCUGGAGGUCGCUUCAUAGGGUACCAGCCUAAUCAGCACGUAGUACCUUUGUUAGUUUAGAAUCUCAAAACACUCUAUUGGUUUGUGGGUUUCAGAAAAACUGAGAACUGUUCUUUAUAUUUGUAUGCAGGAGAUCGAUUUUGAGUUUGAGACUGAAUAAAAGAAAUAUCUUACCAGACAAGGAAAUAAUUAAGAGUCAUUGAAAGAUGAAACUAAAAGACUUAGCUUUCUUCAAGAAAAUAAAAUGUAUAUGGCAAAUCUUCAAAAGCUCCUGCUAAAAACGAAAAGGUAAUUUUUCUCCUUUGCACAUGUAAUAAUUUCAGAUACCUUGGCAACGCUGAUGCUAGGGUAGGAUUUGUAUUCUUUAGUCUUUUUUGCUCCUUCACCUGUAAUAAUUUUAGUUACCUUGGCAACGCAAGACGACCUAAUGAAUUUAUGUUGAACCUGUGAACUAUAUUUCCUACUUAUUAUUUCUUUGAUUUUAACAGAGAGACAAUGUCAGGAACCAAAGGGAGUAUCUGGUUUGUUUACUUGCUGAUAAUCAUAUAAGGUUGACUCCCAGGCCAGAGUUUCUGAAUAAGCUCGACGAUAGAGCCGUUGAUGCCGUCAAGACAAAGUUCUUUAAGAACUACAAGAACUGGUGCAAAUUUUUAGGACGUAAACAUAGUUUAAGGUACCAGGCAACAUUUUAUUUUCACAAAUGGCUUGAAUGAGACACUUUUUUGAAUGAUGUUUAUACUCUUAAUAAAAAUUCACUCAUUUAAUUUAUGCGAAGGCUUUCUCAAGGUGCUGAAGAUAUACAACAGGAGAAGAUACUGUAUAUGGGUUUUUAAAUCCUUUUUAGCUGAUAUGAUUAGUCAAACACAAGAAUUCAUCAAUAUUUACCUGCUUUUUAUUCUCAGAUGGCUUAUGAACUCCAUGGUCUUCUGGCUGGAAAUGUCAGCAUCGUUACUGGAGAAAAUAUCAAGCCUUCUUACGGUGGAGAUGAUGAGGCCUUUCUGCUGAAAAGCAAGUAAGAAUGCCACUGGCAAGGCCGCUCACUCAGAUUGGUCCAACUAUGAUGAUCUGUAUGAAUAUUUUUGGUCUCCAGAUUGCUUCUAUCUCGGCUGGCCAAUGCGUGAUGAUGGAGAUCUCUCUCCAGUAUCUUCAUUACAGCAGCUUUUCUACGCUUCCUCCAGAGUAUCUUGGAUAUUAUCUUAAACUUCCCGGGUUUCCACAGAUGGAAAUUUACUGAAAUUUUGAGAAAUAUUCUCAAGAUCGCUGUAAGUCUCGCUUGGUGUGUAGUCUUACCGCUUUGCGAUGCCCAGUCCAAUUCUUCUGCUCCUGGGAUGCUGAAGCAAUGGAUAUCAUUCCUUCCACGAGACGUUAAAGGGGUUCCCCCGCUCCAUAUCUUGGCUGUCGCUCUUUACUUGCUCCCAAAUGUACCAUGUUCAUUUUCCCUAUGCUUCGACGCUGGAUUGAGAAUUCAGACUGGCAUAUAAUUAGAUUGCAUGUGUGGUGGUCACAGGUAUGAUGCUGGAUUUAUAAUUCCUUUCUUUUCAUCCUGGAUGAAAAUUAUGAUUCUGUUUAGUCAGCAAAUCCCUUUAGGCAUGCUAGAAGAGCUCUGAACUCUGUUAUGUCUUAUGUUUUAUAUAUUGCAGUGCUAAUGGCAUAAAUUAUUUGAGUAUUUUCUAUAUAUUUAAAUUGCAUUGUAUGAUUGUAUCUAGAGGCUAUCUCUUGGCUCAGUUUAGCAGCUCAAAUAUGACUGAAUCACCACAAACCUCACCGGCUAUUCUUUUUGACGUUUGCAACAAGAGACAAGAUUAUAUAUAUAAAAGCUCAUGCGUCCAUGGUUCUUAGUGUCUUUGUCUUUUUUAGUUUCUUUUUUUACUAGGAAACUUCUGAUAUUUGUAUGUAUUUGAUUCAUUCUUCUUAGUGUCUUUGUCUUUUUUAGUUUCUUUUUUUACUAGAGUGUUGUGUUUUGUCUGUCUAAAGACAUACUCUCUGGGUUAUCUCAUAAAACGAAGAGAUGUAAUAAAUUGCUCCUUAUCAACUGGACACGCACUGAAAAUACUAAAGAUUACCCAUAUUGGGAUCUAAACUAUUUUUUUCAUCCCCGGAUGCUGAAGAUUACAACGUAGGCCAAAUUGGCCUACAAGUCCACGGUGGUGCACCAGGUAUGUCCAUUCCUUACCUUACUUUACUUUCUCUACCAGUUAUGUUUUGGUAUUUACGGUUUAUUGGAUUCGUGUCGGCAGCACGAGGAAAAUCUCAUCACAUUCAUGAUCCGAUGAAAGAGGUUAGGAGGAGAUAGUUCCUCCAGGCACAAAGGCUUUUCAUGUCAUGGCUACUUCCCACACUAAAGUCUGAGCCAACCAAAGCAGUGGAACCAGUACGAGGCCCCAAUACCUCUCACGGACACGAAGCUCUGCCUCAUCAUGCAGGACCCUUAGGUGUGUCGGAAAAAUAAGAAAAAGAGGCGUAGGAAAACGUAUAACACACACGUGUCUUUACUCUCUCUGACAUGAGAUGUCACUAGAACAUUUGUUCCUGGUGACAACUUAGAGUCAACAUCGAGAGAGACAGAGGAUUGGAGGAAAUGACGGCUGCUCGGGUCUUGGUGGGAUCUCGAAUUAUAGUCCAAAGUCACUUUUCCCACCGGAAAAACUGGUGGAGAAAUUGGAGCAGCACAGCUCUUGCGAGGAGGAAAGGAACAUGUGAUGAUGUUCAACUAGGCUCCUGGAAGAGAGAGGGGAUACAGUCAAGAAGAAUGAAAUCAUACCUUCUUCUGAAACGGAAGUCUCUGCUGGUUGCGGUUAGGGCAAGCUGAACAUGCCUUAUAUGAUGCUAACGUCUGCAGAGAACUAAAACCUGAUUGGUCUAAAAGAUGUUGUUUCCGUGAAGGUGUUGCUCUUUGUUUCCUACAGAGAUUUGUUGAGGCAGCCAAUGCCUUUUUACGAAGGAGUAAAGCAAAGAGAUCAGUGAUGAGUUCAGAGAAGUUGUAGAUGCUCAAAAGGAAGUUUCCCGGCAAGGGAAAGAUUAAGGCCAAACCAUAAGAUCUUCUAGAGAAGGCUCUUUUUAGUAUAUGUAUGAAGUUUUGAUAUUGCUUCUUACCUUGGUCUCUCCCAUGACAUUGUUGCCUAUCUUUACUUACACGUACUAAAAACUUCAGGCAUAAAAUUUUGUUUGUGCUCUGAUUAAAAGGGAUAUAUGAAGGCUUCUAAGAUGUGCCACGUCGGAUUAAAAAUUCAUCCAAUCAAAAGGUUAUAUUUUGACAUGUCACGCAGCUGUGUCCAUCUGACUCUUCAUUCUUCUUCACCAUCUCCGUUCUCUAGCAAUCACCGUUACUGCGAAACCCUCCUCAUCAAUCAAAGUUGCUAUUUAAUCUCUUCUUCAUGGUUUUGUUCCAUCUCCCGUUGAUUCUCCUACGAUAUAAGCCGCUUCAUCUAAACCCUGAAUCAAGCCCAAAUCGAAAACUAUCACUAACGAAGCUACAAUUACGACCACAUAAUCCACCGGUAAGUCUCCUGCCUCCGAAGUUUCGCUCGGACCAAAAUCCAUUUCUGGGAGGCCAAAAACAUUGCAAAAGGUGGGACCUUUAUUGGCUUAGAGCUGCUAGGAUCAAGCUGGAGGUCGCUUCAUAGGGUACCAGCCUAAUCAGCACGUAGUACCUUUGUUAGUUUAGAAUCUCAAAACACUCUAUUGGUUUGUGGGUUUCAGAAAAACUGAGAACUGUUCUUUAUAUUUGUAUGCAGGAGAUCGAUUUUGAGUUUGAGACUGAAUAAAAGAAAUAUCUUACCAGACAAGGAAAUAAUUAAGAGGUAUAUACACAACAUCUUAAUGAAUGUAGCUUUUUGCUAGGAAGCGUAUAAGUUGAAUAUUUUUCUUCCUAUUCUGCAGUCAUUGAAAGAUGAAACUAAAAGACUUAGCUUUCUUCAAGAAAAUAAAAUGUAUAUGGCAAAUCUUCAAAAGCUCCUGCUAAAAACGAAAAGGUAAUUUUUCUCCUUUGCACAUGUAAUAAUUUCAGAUACCUUGGCAACGCUGAUGCUAGGGUAGGAUUUGUAUUCUUUAGUCUUUUUUGCUCCUUCACCUGUAAUAAUUUUAGUUACCUUGGCAACGCAAGACGACCUAAUGAAUUUAUGUUGAACCUGUGAACUAUAUUUCCUACUUAUUAUUUCUUUGAUUUUAACAGAGAGACAAUGUCAGGAACCAAAGGGAGUAUCUGGUUUGUUUACUUGCUGAUAAUCAUAUAAGGUUGACUCCCAGGCCAGAGUUUCUGAAUAAGCUCGACGAUAGAGCCGUUGAUGCCGUCAAGACAAAGUUCUUUAAGAACUACAAGAACUGGUGCAAAUUUUUAGGACGUAAACAUAGUUUAAGGUACCAGGCAACAUUUUAUUUUCACAAAUGGCUUGAAUGAGACACUUUUUUGAAUGAUGUUUAUACUCUUAAUAAAAAUUCACUCAUUUAAUUUAUGCGAAGGCUUUCUCAAGGUGCUGAAGAUAUACAACAGGAGAAGAUACUGUAUAUGGGUUUUUAAAUCCUUUUUAGCUGAUAUGAUUAGUCAAACACAAGAAUUCAUCAAUAUUUACCUGCUUUUUAUUCUCAGAUGGCUUAUGAACUCCAUGGUCUUCUGGCUGGAAAUGUCAGCAUCGUUACUGGAGAAAAUAUCAAGCCUUCUUACGGUGGAGAUGAUGAGGCCUUUCUGCUGAAAAGCAAGUAAGAAUGCCACUGGCAAGGCCGCUCACUCAGAUUGGUCCAACUAUGAUGAUCUGUAUGAAUAUUUUUGGUCUCCAGAUUGCUUCUAUCUCGGCUGGCCAAUGCGUGAUGAUGGAGAUCUCUCUCCAGUAUCUUCAUUACAGCAGCUUUUCUACGCUUCCUCCAGAGUAUCUUGGAUAUUAUCUUAAACUUCCCGGGUUUCCACAGAUGGAAAUUUACUGAAAUUUUGAGAAAUAUUCUCAAGAUCGCUGUAAGUCUCGCUUGGUGUGUAGUCUUACCGCUUUGCGAUGCCCAGUCCAAUUCUUCUGCUCCUGGGAUGCUGAAGCAAUGGAUAUCAUUCCUUCCACGAGACGUUAAAGGGGUUCCCCCGCUCCAUAUCUUGGCUGUCGCUCUUUACUUGCUCCCAAAUGUACCAUGUUCAUUUUCCCUAUGCUUCGACGCUGGAUUGAGAAUUCAGACUGGCAUAUAAUUAGAUUGCAUGUGUGGUGGUCACAGGUAUGAUGCUGGAUUUAUAAUUCCUUUCUUUUCAUCCUGGAUGAAAAUUAUGAUUCUGUUUAGUCAGCAAAUCCCUUUAGGCAUGCUAGAAGAGCUCUGAACUCUGUUAUGUCUUAUGUUUUAUAUAUUGCAGUGCUAAUGGCAUAAAUUAUUUGAGUAUUUUCUAUAUAUUUAAAUUGCAUUGUAUGAUUGUAUCUAGAGGCUAUCUCUUGGCUCAGUUUAGCAGCUCAAAUAUGACUGAAUCACCACAAACCUCACCGGCUAUUCUUUUUGACGUUUGCAACAAGAGACAAGAUUAUAUAUAUAAAAGCUCAUGCGUCCAUGGUUCUUAGUGUCUUUGUCUUUUUUAGUUUCUUUUUUUACUAGGAAACUUCUGAUAUUUGUAUGUAUUUGAUUCAUUCUUCUUAGUGUCUUUGUCUUUUUUAGUUUCUUUUUUUACUAGAGUGUUGUGUUUUGUCUGUCUAAAGACAUACUCUCUGGGUUAUCUCAUAAAACGAAGAGAUGUAAUAAAUUGCUCCUUAUCAACUGGACACGCACUGAAAAUACUAAAGAUUACCCAUAUUGGGAUCUAAACUAUUUUUUUCAUCCCCGGAUGCUGAAGAUUACAACGUAGGCCAAAUUGGCCUACAAGUCCACGGUGGUGCACCAGGUAUGUCCAUUCCUUACCUUACUUUACUUUCUCUACCAGUUAUGUUUUGGUAUUUACGGUUUAUUGGAUUCGUGUCGGCAGCACGAGGAAAAUCUCAUCACAUUCAUGAUCCGAUGAAAGAGGUUAGGAGGAGAUAGUUCCUCCAGGCACAAAGGCUUUUCAUGUCAUGGCUACUUCCCACACUAAAGUCUGAGCCAACCAAAGCAGUGGAACCAGUACGAGGCCCCAAUACCUCUCAUGGACACGAAGCUCUGCCUCAUCAUGCAGGACCCUUAGGUGUGUCGGAAAAAUAAGAAAAAGAGGCGUAGGAAAACGUAUAACACACACGUGUCUUUACUCUCUCUGACAUGAGAUGUCACUAGAACAUUUGUUCCUGGUGACAACUUAGAGUCAACAUCGAGAGAGACAGAGGAUUGGAGGAAAUGACGGCUGCUCGGGUCUUGGUGGGAUCUCGAAUUAUAGUCCAAAGUCACUUUUCCCACCGGAAAAACUGGUGGAGAAAUUGGAGCAGCACAGCUCUUGCGAGGAGGAAAGGAACAUGUGAUGAUGUUCAACUAGGCUCCUGGAAGAGAGAGGGGAUACAGUCAAGAAGAAUGAAAUCAUACCUUCUUCUGAAACGGAAGUCUCUGCUGGUUGCGGUUAGGGCAAGCUGAACAUGCCUUAUAUGAUGCUAACGUCUGCAGAGAACUAAAACCUGAUUGGUCUAAAAGAUGUUGUUUCCGUGAAGGUGUUGCUCUUUGUUUCCUACAGAGAUUUGUUGAGGCAGCCAAUGCCUUUUUACGAAGGAGUAAAGCAAAGAGAUCAGUGAUGAGUUCAGAGAAGUUGUAGAUGCUCAAAAGGAAGUUUCCCGGCAAGGGAAAGAUUAAGGCCAAACCAUAAGAUCUUCUAGAGAAGGCUCUUUUUAGUAUAUGUAUGAAGUUUUGAUAUUGCUUCUUACCUUGGUCUCUCCCAUGACAUUGUUGCCUAUCUUUACUUACACGUACUAAAAACUUCAGGCAUAAAAUUUUGUUUGUGCUCUGAUUAAAAGGGAUAUAUGAAGGCUUCUAAGAUGUGCCACGUCGGAUUAAAAAUUCAUCCAAUCAAAAGGUUAUAUUUUGACAUGUCACGCAGCUGUGUCCAUCUGACUCUUCAUUCUUCUUCACCAUCUCCGUUCUCUAGCAAUCACCGUUACUGCGAAACCCUCCUCAUCAAUCAAAGUUGCUAUUUAAUCUCUUCUUCAUGGUUUUGUUCCAUCUCCCGUUGAUUCUCCUACGAUAUAAGCCGCUUCAUCUAAACCCUGAAUCAAGCCCAAAUCGAAAACUAUCACUAACGAAGCUACAAUUACGACCACAUAAUCCACCGGUAAGUCUCCUGCCUCCGAAGUUUCGCUCGGACCAAAAUCCAUUUCUGGGAGGCCAAAAACAUUGCAAAAGGUGGGACCUUUAUUGGCUUAGAGCUGCUAGGAUCAAGCUGGAGGUCGCUUCAUAGGGUACCAGCCUAAUCAGCACGUAGUACCUUUGUUAGUUUAGAAUCUCAAAACACUCUAUUGGUUUGUGGGUUUCAGAAAAACUGAGAACUGUUCUUUAUAUUUGUAUGCAGGAGAUCGAUUUUGAGUUUGAGACUGAAUAAAAGAAAUAUCUUACCAGACAAGGAAAUAAUUAAGAGGUAUAUACACAACAUCUUAAUGAAUGUAGCUUUUUGCUAGGAAGCGUAUAAGUUGAAUAUUUUUCUUCCUAUUCUGCAGUCAUUGAAAGAUGAAACUAAAAGACUUAGCUUUCUUCAAGAAAAUAAAAUGUAUAUGGCAAAUCUUCAAAAGCUCCUGCUAAAAACGAAAAGGUAAUUUUUCUCCUUUGCACAUGUAAUAAUUUCAGAUACCUUGGCAACGCUGAUGCUAGGGUAGGAUUUGUAUUCUUUAGUCUUUUUUGCUCCUUCACCUGUAAUAAUUUUAGUUACCUUGGCAACGCAAGACGACCUAAUGAAUUUAUGUUGAACCUGUGAACUAUAUUUCCUACUUAUUAUUUCUUUGAUUUUAACAGAGAGACAAUGUCAGGAACCAAAGGGAGUAUCUGGUUUGUUUACUUGCUGAUAAUCAUAUAAGGUUGACUCCCAGGCCAGAGUUUCUGAAUAAGCUCGACGAUAGAGCCGUUGAUGCCGUCAAGACAAAGUUCUUUAAGAACUACAAGAACUGGUGCAAAUUUUUAGGACGUAAACAUAGUUUAAGGUACCAGGCAACAUUUUAUUUUCACAAAUGGCUUGAAUGAGACACUUUUUUGAAUGAUGUUUAUACUCUUAAUAAAAAUUCACUCAUUUAAUUUAUGCGAAGGCUUUCUCAAGGUGCUGAAGAUAUACAACAGGAGAAGAUACUGUAUAUGGGUUUUUAAAUCCUUUUUAGCUGAUAUGAUUAGUCAAACACAAGAAUUCAUCAAUAUUUACCUGCUUUUUAUUCUCAGAUGGCUUAUGAACUCCAUGGUCUUCUGGCUGGAAAUGUCAGCAUCGUUACUGGAGAAAAUAUCAAGCCUUCUUACGGUGGAGAUGAUGAGGCCUUUCUGCUGAAAAGCAAGUAAGAAUGCCACUGGCAAGGCCGCUCACUCAGAUUGGUCCAACUAUGAUGAUCUGUAUGAAUAUUUUUGGUCUCCAGAUUGCUUCUAUCUCGGCUGGCCAAUGCGUGAUGAUGGAGAUCUCUCUCCAGUAUCUUCAUUACAGCAGCUUUUCUACGCUUCCUCCAGAGUAUCUUGGAUAUUAUCUUAAACUUCCCGGGUUUCCACAGAUGGAAAUUUACUGAAAUUUUGAGAAAUAUUCUCAAGAUCGCUGUAAGUCUCGCUUGGUGUGUAGUCUUACCGCUUUGCGAUGCCCAGUCCAAUUCUUCUGCUCCUGGGAUGCUGAAGCAAUGGAUAUCAUUCCUUCCACGAGACGUUAAAGGGGUUCCCCCGCUCCAUAUCUUGGCUGUCGCUCUUUACUUGCUCCCAAAUGUACCAUGUUCAUUUUCCCUAUGCUUCGACGCUGGAUUGAGAAUUCAGACUGGCAUAUAAUUAGAUUGCAUGUGUGGUGGUCACAGGUAUGAUGCUGGAUUUAUAAUUCCUUUCUUUUCAUCCUGGAUGAAAAUUAUGAUUCUGUUUAGUCAGCAAAUCCCUUUAGGCAUGCUAGAAGAGCUCUGAACUCUGUUAUGUCUUAUGUUUUAUAUAUUGCAGUGCUAAUGGCAUAAAUUAUUUGAGUAUUUUCUAUAUAUUUAAAUUGCAUUGUAUGAUUGUAUCUAGAGGCUAUCUCUUGGCUCAGUUUAGCAGCUCAAAUAUGACUGAAUCACCACAAACCUCACCGGCUAUUCUUUUUGACGUUUGCAACAAGAGACAAGAUUAUAUAUAUAAAAGCUCAUGCGUCCAUGGUUCUUAGUGUCUUUGUCUUUUUUAGUUUCUUUUUUUACUAGGAAACUUCUGAUAUUUGUAUGUAUUUGAUUCAUUCUUCUUAGUGUCUUUGUCUUUUUUAGUUUCUUUUUUUACUAGAGUGUUGUGUUUUGUCUGUCUAAAGACAUACUCUCUGGGUUAUCUCAUAAAACGAAGAGAUGUAAUAAAUUGCUCCUUAUCAACUGGACACGCACUGAAAAUACUAAAGAUUACCCAUAUUGGGAUCUAAACUAUUUUUUUCAUCCCCGGAUGCUGAAGAUUACAACGUAGGCCAAAUUGGCCUACAAGUCCACGGUGGUGCACCAGGUAUGUCCAUUCCUUACCUUACUUUACUUUCUCUACCAGUUAUGUUUUGGUAUUUACGGUUUAUUGGAUUCGUGUCGGCAGCACGAGGAAAAUCUCAUCACAUUCAUGAUCCGAUGAAAGAGGUUAGGAGGAGAUAGUUCCUCCAGGCACAAAGGCUUUUCAUGUCAUGGCUACUUCCCACACUAAAGUCUGAGCCAACCAAAGCAGUGGAACCAGUACGAGGCCCCAAUACCUCUCACGGACACGAAGCUCUGCCUCAUCAUGCAGGACCCUUAGGUGUGUCGGAAAAAUAAGAAAAAGAGGCGUAGGAAAACGUAUAACACACACGUGUCUUUACUCUCUCUGACAUGAGAUGUCACUAGAACAUUUGUUCCUGGUGACAACUUAGAGUCAACAUCGAGAGAGACAGAGGAUUGGAGGAAAUGACGGCUGCUCGGGUCUUGGUGGGAUCUCGAAUUAUAGUCCAAAGUCACUUUUCCCACCGGAAAAACUGGUGGAGAAAUUGGAGCAGCACAGCUCUUGCGAGGAGGAAAGGAACAUGUGAUGAUGUUCAACUAGGCUCCUGGAAGAGAGAGGGGAUACAGUCAAGAAGAAUGAAAUCAUACCUUCUUCUGAAACGGAAGUCUCUGCUGGUUGCGGUUAGGGCAAGCUGAACAUGCCUUAUAUGAUGCUAACGUCUGCAGAGAACUAAAACCUGAUUGGUCUAAAAGAUGUUGUUUCCGUGAAGGUGUUGCUCUUUGUUUCCUACAGAGAUUUGUUGAGGCAGCCAAUGCCUUUUUACGAAGGAGUAAAGCAAAGAGAUCAGUGAUGAGUUCAGAGAAGUUGUAGAUGCUCAAAAGGAAGUUUCCCGGCAAGGGAAAGAUUAAGGCCAAACCAUAAGAUCUUCUAGAGAAGGCUCUUUUUAGUAUAUGUAUGAAGUUUUGAUAUUGCUUCUUACCUUGGUCUCUCCCAUGACAUUGUUGCCUAUCUUUACUUACACGUACUAAAAACUUCAGGCAUAAAAUUUUGUUUGUGCUCUGAUUUUGUCAUUGUGUUUGGAUUUACAAUUUUGAUUUUUAAAAAUUGUAAACAAUGAUUUUAUUUGUUAUACUUAACAUUUUCUUUUUGCCACCAAAAA